AUGUACUAUCAACCACCACCACCGCCGCCUCCUCCUAACAUUCCUCCACCUCCUCCUCCACCGCCGCCACCUGAAAUAGAAGUGAAGCUUACACCACCAGGCGUUACAGAUGCAAUUCCAUCUGCAAAUAAUAUAUAUCAGCAGCCAAUUUCGACAACUGAAGCAUCCGCCAGUUCUGCUUACUAUAAUUACGAUACUGCUGUGCCACAAUAUCCGGCAUAUAACGCAAGCGUGCCGCCGCCAAACUAUGCAGCCAAUUCCACUGCAUAUGGAUAUGAAAACUAUUUCUACCAGGAAGGCGCUUAUGCAGGCUACGCACCAAUAGCCACUCCGACUUCGACCUCUGCACCUCCACCCCCACUUCCUAAUUAUCCAGCUCCGCCGACUUCAGAUUACAAAUAUGAGCAACCGACUGCAGGGUAUAAAUAUGAGGAACCGACUGCAGAAUACAAAUACGAGCCACCCUAUGAAAGCGAUGCUUACGCUCAUAAACAUUCAGAACGACAGCGCCAGGACUAUGCGCCCAGUUAUCGUAGCAACAAUUCCAGGUAUUCUAGCUACAAACAAAGCUAUCAGCAUUACCAAGGCAAUUACAAAUAUGAAAAUGAUUACGAGCAGCGUUAUUAUCAGUCACGCUCGUCACGCACCAGCUCCGGAUAUGCUUCGUAUCCAAGUAAGAGCUAUGUCAAGCGCGAAGAUAGUGUAAGCAGCAGUGCUUCAAAACCAGAAACUGAGCGCGAUCGCCUACUGCGUCAGUGGUGUGCCAACUAUUGCGAAAAGCCAGAGGAUUACAUCAAAAAAAUGUCUGCAUUGCGCGAGGCUGAAGCACCCGUGGAUUACUGGGUGCGCUCUUCGCCCGCUGAACUCUACUAUGAACGCAGCAAGGUGGCGCAGGAAGUGACCGCUAAGGUUCGUCUGCACAAGCUCUGUGCGCUCUUUGACGAUGAGCUCAAUAUGCGCGCGGAUCGAGUGCGUCAAACAUUGCCGCCAUAUGUGCCGCCACCCAGAAAGGCGCGCCGUCGCGUCUGCAAGCAUAAACACAAGUCCGAGGCCUGCUCCUCCAGUUCUGACAGCGAAUCGGAUGAUGAUUCUUUUAAAAUUGAGCAAGAUUGCUGCAUGGAGGAGCUAUCACGGAAGGUGCAUCAUCCGCAGCGUGUGCAUGCCGAUCUUUGGCACAAUGAUGCAGGCGAAAUGAACGAUGGACCGCUUUGUCGCUGCUCAGCAAAAUCCAGACGCAUUGGCAUACGUCAUGGCAUUUAUCCAGGAGAGCAUAUUUAUCCACUGUGCGACAAGGAUAGCAACAAUGCCAGCAAACUUUAUCACUAUAGAAUAACAAUAUCGCCGCCCACAAACUUUUUGACUAAAACUCCGACCAUUAUUAAGCAUGAUGAGCAUGAGUUUCUCUUUGAGGGCUUCUCGCUGUUCUCUCAUGUGCGCCUCAGCGAUCUGCCCGUGUGCAAGGUGAUUCGAUUCAACAUAGAGUACACCAUUGAGUAUGAUGAGGAGCAGAUGCCAGAGAACUUUACCAUACGUGAAUUGGAUUUGUUCUUUAAAUACUUAUUUCAUGAGCUGCUAGAGUUGGUGGACUUUGAUCUAAUGCCAAUUGGCGCGUCGUUGGGAUUCGAUUCGUGUCCAGCGUUUCAUUUUAUGCCACGCUUUGUGCGCGAUCUACCCGACAAUGGGAAGGAAGUACUAGCCAUGUGUGAAGUGCUGAAGUACUUGCUGGAUAACUCAGCAAAGUUGGUGGAGCGCCAGCAGCUGCUGCAUCUCAACCAGAUUAGCCAGCAUGAGUGGCAAAAGUAUGUGGACUUUAUCAAAGGCAUGCUGGUAACUAAGCCAGGCCAUAAACCUUGCUCCUUGCGCGUGGAUCAGCUUGAUCGCAACAAUUCUGAUUUGCCCGAGUGCGAGGAUCGCAAAACGGGCACUUCCCAUCCGGCCAUAGUGCACUUUGGCAUACGUCCGCCGCAGUUGAGCUACGCAGGCAAUCCAGAGUAUCAAAAGGCUUGGCGUGAAUACGUUAAGUUCAGGCAUCUGAUGGCCAACAUGUCAAAGCCAUCGUUUAAGGACAAACGCAAGCUGGAGGAUAAGGAGCAACGUUUGCAGGAGAUGCGCACGCAAGGGCGCAUGAAGCGUAAUAUUACCGUUGUCAUUAGCUCUGAUGGCUUCUAUCGAACCGGCAUUAUGUGUGAUAUAGUGCAGCAUGCUAUGCUUAUUCCCGUGCUUACGGGUCAUUUGCGCUUCCAUAAGUCACUGGAUCUGCUGGAGGAGAGCAUUAACUACAAGUUUAAGAAUCGUUAUUUGCUGCAGCUGGCCUUGACGCAUCCAUCGUACAAGGAAAACUAUGGCACUAAUCCGGAUCAUGCUAGGAAUUCACUUACCAACUGUGGCAUACGCCAGCCGGAAUAUGGCGAUCGCAAGAUUCAUUAUAUGAACACACGCAAGCGUGGCAUCAACACGUUGGUCAGCAUUAUGUCCAGAUUUGGCAAGGAUCAGGAAACCUUAUCGAAUAUAACGCACAACGAACGUUUGGAGUUCCUGGGAGAUGCUGUCGUCGAGUUUCUUAGCUCUAUACAUUUAUUUUUCAUGUUUCCCGAGCUGGAGGAGGGCGGCUUGGCCACCUAUCGUGCAGCCAUUGUGCAGAAUCAACAUUUGGCUUUGUUGGCCAAGAAACUGCAGCUGGAGGAGUAUAUGCUAUAUGCCCAUGGCUCUGACUUGUGCCAUGAGCUGGAGCUGCGACAUGCCAUGGCCAAUUGCUUUGAGGCUUUGAUGGGCGCGCUGUUACUGGAUGGCGGCAUCAAGGUCGCUGAUGAAGUUUUCACAGCUGCGCUGUUUCGUCAGGAAGACAAGCUCCUUAAAAUAUGGAAACAUCUGCCAGAGCAUCCGCUGCAGGAGCAGGAACCAUUAGGCGACCGCAGCUGCAUUAAUUCCUACCGUGUAUUGAAGGAUCUGACCAAGUUCGAGGACUCCAUUGGCAUUAAGUUUAAGCAUAUACGUUUGCUGGCGCGCGCUUUUACAGAUCGCUCCAUUGGCUUCACGCAUUUGACACUGGGCUCUAAUCAGCGCUUAGAGUUCUUGGGAGACACAGUGUUGCAGUUAAUCUGCUCGGAGUAUUUAUAUCGCCAUUUUCCAGAGCAUCAUGAGGGUCAUUUGUCUUUGCUGCGCUCCUCGCUUGUCAACAAUCGUACACAGUCUGUGGUCUGCGAUGAUUUGGGCAUGCCCAAAUAUGCUGUCUAUGCUAAUCCCAAAGCGGAGCUUAAAACCAAAGAUCGCGCUGAUUUGUUGGAAGCCUUUCUGGGCUCCUUAUAUGUGGACAAGGGUCUAUUGUUUUGCGAACAGUUCUGUCAUGUUUGCUUAUUCCCACGCCUGCAGGUGUUUAUUAUGAAUCAAGACUGGAACGAUCCUAAGUCGAAGCUGCAGCAAUGUUGCCUCACUUUGCGUACCAUGGACGGCGGUGAACCAGAUAUUCCCUACUACAAGGUGGUGGAGGCUAGCGGGCCAACCAAUACGCGUGUCUAUAAGGUAGCUGUAUACUUUAGAUCCAAGCGUUUGGCCACUGCCAGCGGCUCCUCCAUUCAGCAGGCCGAAAUGCACGCUGCCAAGCAGGCGCUGGAUAAUUCACGUGAUCUAUUUCCACAAUUGGAUCAUCAAAAGCGUGUCAUAGCUAAAAGUAUUAAGAAGCAGACGGGUAAUGAAGUAGACGAUUCUAAAGAUAAAAAGAUUAAGCAGGAGCACCCAAGCAAGCCACGCCUUGCAGGCCCGCUGGCGGAUGAGUCUCACUUGCCCAAGCAGUACCGCAUGCAUGAGAAUAUAUCCAGUGAUGAAUUGCCCGACGAUGAUGACACUGCUCCCAGGCAUUCUCCAUCACCGGUGCCUAGAAAUCGCUUCAGCAGCAGCUACAGCAGCAGUGGUGAUGAUAGUGAUGACUCUGGCACUCCACCCAAGCAACGACCGCGGUUACAAAGAACCAGCUCAGCUUCUUCAUCGACUUCUAAAUGCUAAAGCAAUAUAUUAAAACGAAUUUGAAAAAUUUGCAACAUAAAUAAGAGUAUAGCUCUAACGUUACUUGGACAGCAAAUGUGUAACUUGACACCUCUAUUUAGUCAAUAAAAAUAACA